AUGGACUUCGAUUCAAGAUUCACAUCUGCCUUAACAGGCCUGACAUCGGUGGAUCCUGAUUCUGUACAAUUUCUGAUGUUUACGGAUGACGACAUUAAAAAACUUAGUGUUGCCAAAAUAACUAACACUGUAUCAUUUGACGCUAUGGGCAAUCCCAAUAAAGGAGGAUUAUAUGACCCGGCUCUUGGACCCCUCAGGGAGAGAAAUGAUUUUUGUGCCACUUGCUCCAAUUCUUUAUUACACUGCCCAGGACAUUUUGGACAUAUAGAAUUACCCCUAACUGUUGUGAAUCCAGUAUUCAUCAAAAAUAUCUACACAAUAUUUCGUAUAUCAUGUCUUACUUGUUUCAAAAUACAAAUGGAUGAUAGAAUGAAGUUUAUUCUCAAAUUACAACUGGAAUUGAUUGAUGCUGGUCAUGUUACCGCUGCACUGGACCUGGAAAAUUAUGUGGGUGAUGUUAAAGAGUACAGAAAUGAAUCAUCACCUGAAAAACCAAAUAAAGUUAUAAGAAAAUACCAAAAACUGCUUAAACACAAGGAUCCUGUGUUUGAAACAUUUCAAAAUAAGAAUACUGACAAACUAAGAACGAAAAUCAUCAACCAUUAUUUCAAAGCAUUGAGUGUAUCAAAAUUAUGUAUGUAUUGUAAGAAUAGAUUAAUUAAAGUAACAACAUCCGAUGGAAAAAUAAUGUAUAACAUGAGUGCUGAUAAAGGUGCUAAAGGUGUUAAAAUAUUAAUGCCGGAUGAUUUGAAAAGAUAUUGUAGGGCUAUAGAACAGAAGGAUUCAGAUAUCUUAGUACACUGUGUGCCUAUAUUGAAAUAUAUUAAUAUUAAUCCAGUUACUGAUAUCUUUUUCAUGCAAGUUGUACCUGUACUGCCACCGGUUGUUAGGCCCUGUAAUGUAUUGCGUGGAGAAUUGAUGGAACAUCCACAAACCAAUGUGUAUAAAGGCAUCCUACAAUCUGCUUAUAGUGCAAGAGCCGUUCUACAAGUACUAAUGACGCCUCAACAUCAGAAAGCUAUUGAUGGCUUAGAGCAGCAGCCAAGGCAAGCCUAUGAAAGUGUUAUGGGUGAAACCCCAGCUGAAAAACUGCAUACAGUGUGGCAAGACCUUCAAAAACAUAUCAACUAUCUAUUAACAUGUGAAGGACAAGGUACUACAAGUCAAGGAUUAAAACAUAUACUGGAAAAGAAAACUGGAGUCAUAAGAAUGCAUAUGAUGGGUAAAAGAGUGAACUUCGCCGCUAGGUCUGUAAUCACACCUGAUCCCAAUGUAGAUAUUGACGAAAUAGGUAUCCCUGAUGCAUUCGCCACUAAACUGACAUACCCAGUUCCCGUCACAGAAUGGAAUGUUGAUGAAUUAAGGAAAAUGGUAAUUAAUGGACCAAAUGUCCAUCCCGGAGCUGAAAAAUUAGAAGUGAAAAAUGGAAGAAUAAUUAGAAUACCACCAGACUCAAUAGAGAAAAGAAAAAGCCUUGCAAAGAAACUGUUAACACCAGAUGAGUAUAAAUCGUCGGGAUUGAAAAUUGUUCAUAGACAUUUAGUGAAUGGGGAUGUUUUAAUACUCAAUCGUCAACCAUCACUCCACAAGCCGAGUAUGAUGGCACAUAGAGCGAGGAUACUCAAAGGAGAAAAAACUCUAAGGCUUCAUUAUGCUAACUGUAAAUCAUACAAUGCUGACUUUGAUGGUGAUGAAAUGAACGCACAUUUCCCGCAAAAUGAAAUCGCUAGAAGUGAAGCCUACAAUAUCAUGUCUGUGAGGAAACAAUAUCUCGUUCCCAAAGACGGAACUCCUUUAAGCGGUUUGAUUCAGGAUCACGUUAUUGCUGGAGUGAGGAUGUCACUUAGAGGCACGUUUUUCAAUAAAACGGAUUACCAACAGCUUGUAUUCCAAGCACUUUCAAGUCAUAAAGGGGAAAUAAAAUUGCUACCACCAACAAUUUUAAAACCAGCAGUGCUGUGGUCUGGGAAACAAGUUAUGUCGACAAUAAUUAUCAACACUAUACCUAAAGGGAAACCUUAUUUAUCAUUAGAAGGGAAAGCCAAAAUUAGUGCUAAAGCUUGGCAAAAAGAAGCUCCUAGGCCAUGGAAGGCCGGUGGUACACCAUUUAAAAAUCCAAACACCAUGACAGAAGCAGAAGUUAUUAUUAGGAAAGGUGAACUUGUGAGUGGUGUAUUAGAUAAGACUCACUAUGGGGCUACACCAUACGGUUUGGUCCAUUGUAUGUAUGAACUAUAUGGGGGAGACAGUUCAAGUGCUCUCCUUAGUUCCUUUUCUAAAGUCUUUACAUUUUAUCUGCAAUGGAUAGGUUUUACGUUAGGCGUAAAAGAUAUUUUGGUGGUUGAUGAAGCUAACAAAAAACGUGAUGAAAUUAUAAGUUUGGUUCGAGAAGCUGGCAGAGUAGCGGCUGUGAAAGCAACAGAAGUUCCAGCGGACGUAGAGGAACAAAAAUUGAAAGAUGUAAUAUCUGAAAUGUUAACUAAAGAUCCUAAAUUCCGCGCAAAUCUUGACAGGCAGUAUAAAAAUAUGUUAGAUUCGUAUACAAAUAAUAUAAAUACUGUAUGUUUAUCUGAAGGAUUAUUGGAAAAGUUCCCAUCAAAUAAUUUACAACUCAUGGUGCAGUCGGGAGCAAAAGGUUCGACUGUCAAUACUAUGCAAAUUUCAUGUUUACUUGGACAGAUAGAAUUAGAAGGCAAAAGACCGCCGUUAAUGAUAUCUGGUAGAUCACUGCCAAGCUUUCCUCCGUAUGAUGUCUCUCCUAGAGCGGGAGGUUUCAUCGAUGGUCGAUUCAUGACUGGAAUACAACCACAAGAGUUCUUCUUCCAUUGUAUGGCCGGUAGAGAAGGUCUUAUUGAUACUGCUGUUAAAACAAGUCGUUCCGGGUACUUGCAGAGAUGUUUGAUUAAGCAUUUGGAAGGUUUGAGUGUAGCUUAUGACCAUACCGUCAGGGACGCCGAUAGUAGCAUUAUACAGUUCGCUUAUGGCGAAGACGGUCUUGAUAUUCUUAAAUGCCAGUUCUUAAAGGAUGGACAAUUCAAGUUCUUGGAUGAAAAUUCUAGUGCUGUAGUUGGAAAGUCCGUGAUCAAAAAACUAAAAGACGAAACCGAUACGAAGAUUAUAGCUAAAGCUCAAAAAUCAUUGAAAAAGUGGAAGAAGAAAAAUGGAAGUCCGUUCGAGAAGAUUCGAACAAGCGGUUUUGCGAAGUUUUCUUCAUUAGUUAGAAAGGACAUAGUUCUUGAUGAUUUACCUACAGAUCAAACAAGAGAUCCUUAUUAUUGGGAAUUAGAAAAAAUGUGGCGGGAAUUGGACGAGGAAGAAAGACAACAAUACUACAGAAAACCUUGUCCCGACCCAAUCCCCAGCAAACUAUCACCUGAAUACAAAUUUGGAACAAUUAAUGAACAGUUGGACGGUAUUAUUCAAAAUUAUUUGAAAAAUCGAACAGAAUCUAGUUACAACGAGUACACAGAAAAGGAUAAGUUUUUAGAAGUAAUGAGCGCUAAAUAUUUAGAAUCUAUGGCUGCUCCCGGAGAACCAGUCGGCUUGUUAGCGGCUCAAUCUAUUGGUGAGCCUUCCACGCAAAUGACAUUGAACACUUUCCAUUUCGCUGGUAGAGGAGACAUGAACGUAACUUUAGGUAUACCACGAUUGAGAGAAAUUUUAAUGACAGCAUCAGCUCAAUUGAAAACUCCAAAUAUGGACAUACCCUUCUUACCAAAUAUAGCAGAUUUAAACAAAAAAGCUGAGAAGUUGAGGCAAAAAAUGAACAGAGUUACGGUGUCGGACGUUUUGGAAAAGAUUGAAGUUCAAUGCGAAAUUGUUACAAAGCCCGAACGGCAGUUGAAGACGACGAUGCGUUUCGUUUUUCUACCGUUAUCUCAAUAUAAAACGCAAUAUGCUGUGAAGCCACCGCAAAUAAUAAAACACAUGGAGAAUAAAUUCUUCAACGAGAUGUUUUCAGUUAUCCGUAAACAGGCUAAGAGUACUUGUGGGGUUUUGUGGGCUGCGGAGAAGGAGAAGAAACGUCGCGUGGCUGAUGAUGAAGAGGAUGAAGACAACUCUCCCGAGGUUGAGGAGCGACAAGGACAGGACCUGGACAGCUCGGACGAUGAAGGGCCUAAUGAUGAUGAAGAUAAUACAGACGUAAGAAUCCGCAAAAAACGUUCCGAAGAACAAGAAUACGAAGAUCCAGAAUCAGAAGAGGAAGAGAAAUCUGAUGACGAAAUGGAAAUAGAUGAAAAUAUAAAAGACAAAGACGAUGACCUUGAAAUGAUCGAAGAAGUAAACGAGGAAGAUGCAAAGACCAUGGAAAAAGUAGUUGGAAAAUUAAACAACGCGUCAAACUAUACCUUUGACACCAAGAACCAUAAGUGGUGUGAAUUAACCGUGUUCUUCCCGAUAGCAUUCUUGAGGGUAGACCUUUCCCAAGCCUUACGUGACGCAGCCAAGCAUUCAGUCAUAUACGAAAUCAAGCACAUCAAACGGGCCAUCACUAACAAGGAAAAAGACGUCCUAUAUCUGAAAACUGAAGGGAUCAAUAUAGUACAAAUGUUCAAAUACAGUCACCUCUUAGAUAUGAACAAAUUAUACACGAACGAUAUCCACGCCAUCGCAAAUACAUACGGCAUUGAAGCAGCAAAUAAAGUUAUAAUCAAAGAAAUUCAGAACGUGUUCAAUGUGUACGGAAUCACAGUAGAUCCGCGACAUUUGACGCUAGUAGCAGAUUAUAUGACGUACAAUGGAAUAUUUGAGCCUAUGAGUAGGAAGGGAAUGGAAGCCUCAACUUCUCCUUUACAGCAAAUGUCUUUUGAAUCGUCUCUGAUAUUCUUGAAGGAGGCUGUGUUGAACUCUAAGAAAGAUUUCAUCAGAUCGGCGUCAAGUUGUCUCAUGCUGGGUCAGCCGUGCCGAGCCGGCACUGGUUCCUUCAGUUUACAGCAUUUCAGUAAAGUUGUCAGUUAA